AUGGCCUUCUCAUCGUCCCUAUGGUCUUCCCUCUUCAUUCCUAACCCUAACAGAACCACCAUUCUCCCUCGAUUCUCUCAUAAACCGCACAAACUCCCGCUAUCGCCGGCAUUCGCCAUCCCGCCGCUCUCCACGGCCACCGCGGCCGACGUCUCGGGCGCAAUCGACGGGACCACCGUCGCGGUGGUGAGCGGGGGGUUCGUGGCGGCACUGGCGGCAGUGCUGUCUCUGACGGACCCCGAGCGGCGGCGGCAGUUGCAGGCGGAGGAGGUGGGAGGGGGAGACAAGGAGGUGGUGAGGGAGUAUUUCAACAACUCCGGGUUUCAGCGGUGGAAGAAAAUCUACGGCGACACCGACGAGGUGAACCGGGUUCAGCGCGACAUUCGGUUGGGACACGCGAAGACUGUGGAGAACACGCUUAACAUGUUGAAGGACGAAGGGUCGCUUCAGGGCGUUACGGUUUGCGACGCUGGGUGUGGGACCGGUUCGCUCUCGAUUCCUCUCGCGAAAGAGGGUGCUGUCGUGUUCGCUAGCGAUAUCUCCGCCGCUAUGGUUGCUGAAGCUGAGAAACAGUCAAAAGAACAACUUGUAGCCAGUGAAAAUGGAUCUGCCCCUGUGAUGCCAAAGUUUGCAGUGAAGGAUUUGGAGAGCUUGGAUGGCAAGUAUGACACGGUAAUCUGCCUUGAUGUUUUGAUUCAUUACCCUCAAAGUAAAGCUGAUGGGAUGAUUGCCCACCUUGCGUCAUUGGCCAACAACCGAUUGAUUCUGAGUUUUGCUCCAAAGACGUUUUAUUAUGAUUUGCUAAAGAGGGUUGGAGAGUUGUUCCCUGGUCCUUCAAAGGCAACAAGGGCAUAUCUUCACGCCGAGGCAGAUGUUGAAAGAGCAUUGAAAAAGGUUGGCUGGACCAUAAGGAAGAAAGGCUUAAUCACUACCCAAUUUUACUUUGCUAGGCUUAUUGAGGCUGUUCCUAUGUAG